UUAGUUCCCUUACGUACCACGUCAUCGUGCUGGUGCUUUUAAAUUUGGUAUGGCAGAGAACGUCAAGGUCAUAGUAAGAUGUCGACCUAUGAACAGGAGAGAGAUCGAACUCAACUGCAAGUGUGUGGUGAGGACGAAAAAUUGUAUGAUCGAAACAUGGGACCCCAGCGAAGGACCAUCAUUUCCGAAACAAUUUACUUUCGACUCCACCUACGAUCAGGAUUCACAAACGGAAAUUAUUUAUAACGAUAUCUGCUAUCCCCUCGUUGAGAGUGUUCUUGAAGGUUACAAUGCUACGAUCUUUGUAUAUGGACAAACAGGCUGUGGUAAAUCAUUUACAAUGGAAGGAAUAAAAUCAGAUGAUGGAUCGCAGAAAGGAGUUAUCUCAAGGGCUUUUGAACACAUUUUUGAGGCCAUCUCCGUCACCACUGGCGUCAAAUAUUUAGCAUUAGUUAGUUACUUAGAAAUUUACAAUGAACAAAUAAGAGACUUAUUAUUGCCUAGUGAAAAGUUAACAAAUGGACCUACACUGAACUUAAAAGAGAGUCCAAGUGAGGGUGUCACAGUUCCCGGUUUAACAUCGCACCCAGUACACAAUGCAUCGGAGUGUGAGAGUUUUUUAAACAUCGGGUCGAAAAACAGAAUGAUCGGUGCCACGUUAAUGAACCAAAAUAGCUCCAGGUCCCACAGUAUAUUCACUAUAAGUAUCGAACAGAUUAGUAAUUUGAAUAAUAACGAAAGUAUAAGGAAAGGUAAACUGAAUCUAGUAGAUUUAGCCGGAUCGGAAAGGCAAGCUAAAACAGGCGCUACCGGAGACAGACUUAAAGAAGCAACAAAAAUCAAUUUAUCCCUAAGUGCCUUGGGAAACGUAAUAUCAGCUUUGGUAGACGGCAAAGCCAAGCAUAUUCCAUACAGAGACUCAAAACUUACAAGACUUUUACAGGACUCUCUAGGAGGGAAUACGAGAACACUUAUGAUAGCCUGUGUUAGUCCUUCUAGUAGAGAUUACAUGGAAACAUUGUCUACACUCAGAUACGCCAACAGGGCCAAAAAUAUUCACAACAAACCUAAAGUUAAUGAGGAUCCGAAAGAUGCCAUCCUGAGACAGUACCAAGAGGAAAUUGAGAGGCUAAAACACCUACUAGAAAAUAAACAGAACAACAGCCUAAAACUUGAGGACUUAACGCACACCCCCGAAGAAGAAAUAAACAAAAAUAUACCCUCCAACAGCGCAGAUUUCGAUGCCCGACGCGACAGGCUCUUGCAGGAGUAUCAAGACGAAAUGAAGAAACUGAAAAACCUCCAUGAAAACGAAAAAAAUGAAAAAGAGAUUGUGCUGAAACAAAUUCAAAUGAUAAAGGAGGAAUAUGAAAGUAAUAUACAGAAGCUUAACAAAGAAAUCGUUCAAAAGCAGAAGAGAGAAUUGUGCUCGAAAGAAGAAAUAGUGAAACGGAUUGACGUUCUGAAGGCAGCGAUGAUUGGUGGAGAGAAGGCCAAUGAUCACGAACUUUCGGAAAGACGGAAAAAGAAGAAAUUAGCAGCGGAAAGAAGAGCAAGUGUCAUAGCUCAUUUACUUGCAAAAAUCGACAUGAACGAAGAUCGAGAAAUCCUCCAAAACCAAUACAAGGACAUAAGCCAGGAACUGCACUUGAAAACUGAGGCGCUAAGGAAAUACCGGCACAAAGUGAAAACUCUGGAAAAGGAAAUAACAGAUAUACAGAGUGAAUUCGAAGUAGAGAGGCAGGAUUAUUUAGAAACGAUCAGAAAACAAGAUAGGAACAUCAAGUUACUGUCACAAAUUUCCGAAAGACUCACUGGGACCUUAAAGAAGGAAUGUAAUUACAGUGACCUAGACUUAGUAAAAGAGCAAGCGGUAUGGUUGGAAGACACGCAGAAGUAUAAAUUACCAGAAAUUAUAGUGCCAAGGACCAAACUACCAACCCCAGGACGGUUUGGCGAUACUCAAACUGCUCCAGCUAGAUUGCAGUAUGAAGAAGAAUCUUGUGAAGAUGAAAAUUUUAAAACAGACCCUUUAAUAAAGAAACUCGAUAGAAGCGAAAAAGAGGACAUAAUUGGUAGUUAUUUCCAACCGACUAUGAGGAGAGCUAACGAGCUACUGAAUCAGUCCACAAGGUUUGACGCAAGUAAAGCUUUUAAUACGUGGCGAGGCCACACGGGCCGAUAUGGUUUUCCAGAUUUUGCCAGACGGAACAGAUCAACUGAAAAUAUAAAUCGUGAAGAGGAACUACCGAAUGCCGUUAAUAUGAAUCACAGUUACACCGGUCCGAGCAAUUUGUGGAUAAACGGGUCACCCUCAAAUAGUAGCGAAUCCUUUAUUAAAAAGCCUUUACGACUAGAAGCAUUGCCAAGCAUUGUGAAAACACGAAGGGAAAGAUUUAAUACUAUGGAAUUUUUGUAAAUUACUGAAAUUUAUCAGUCGUUGGAAUUUUCAUGGAAAUGUUGAACUUGUUUAAUGAAGUUUGUUAUAGAGAAAAUAUAUAUUUACAAUAAAUAACGUUCAGUAAAGAUUUAGAGGGAAACAUAUACGAUAAAAUUAUAUUCUGAUAUUAUUUUCCGUGUAAUGUUUUUUUAAAUAGUUUUUAAUAGUUUGCUCUAACUACUUACUGGACAAGUUAAAUAGGCAAUUUAAUAUGUUG